CUCACACCUACACAACAUAGCACGAACAAAAUGGCGUAUUCACCUGUGUGAGGGAAAACAAGUCAAGACAGAAAACGAGACUGAAUUACGGAUAUACGUGUUUACCUCGAUAGCUUUAAGAUUUUUUUUUUUUUAAAGUUUAAAUAUUUUAUUAACCUACUUUUAAAAAUGCGUUUAUUUGUGAUCCUUAUAAUCCUCAUGGUAACAGGCUUCACCUCAGGGGUCAAUGUUGUCUGCCCGGUGAAACGCUAUGUGGUCAUCCUCUUUCAGCCAGUCACUCUUAGAUGCGAUUUCACAACCACAGCCACAGCAGUCCCACUUAUCACCUGGAAGUACAAGUCCUUCUGCAGAGAUCCUAUCCAAGCUGCUCUUAACCCAAGCAGUGCAGACAAUGCCUUGUCCCAGGCCAACCCCAACUACAACCCCAAUAUUGAAUGCUCAGACAGUGCAAGGACUGUACGCAUUGUGGCUUCUAAGCAGACUUCAGUCACACUGGGAAAUGAGUACCAGGGCCGCAAGAUCAGCAUCAUUAACAAUGCCGACCUCAAUAUUGCUCAGACUGCAUGGGGAGAUAGCGGUGUGUAUGUGUGCAGUGUUGCUUCAUCCCAGGACCUCACAGGAAAUGGCGAGGACUAUACCGAACUCAUUGUUUUAGAGAGAAAGUCAAAUACUACAGACCUGCUGCCUGGCAUUGACUUACUGAUCAUGGAAGAUUGGUUGUUGGUAGUAUUGGUAGUGAUUGGUUUCUUCUUGCUGCUGCUGCUCUUUGGGAUCUGUUGGUGUCAGUGUUGCCCUCACACAUGUUGCUGUUAUGUGAGCUGCCCAUGUUGCCCAGAACGCUGCUGCUGCCCAAGAGCAUUGUAUGAAGCAGGUAAAGCCGUGAAGGCAGGGGUUCCUAGUCAGUAUGCAGCCAGUAUGUUCGCUCCUAGUUUGUAUGGACAGCCGGCAUAUAUGGGAGGGCCAUCACCACCCAUCCCAAUGCUGCCCAUGCCUCAAGGUGUCAACGCCCCUCCUUCUAAUGGUUAUGGAAGGGAAUUUGAUGUAGCCAGCUCAGUUGGUCAGGGAUCCCAGGUACCACUGCUACAUGACCAUGAUGGUGGUGCAGGCCAGACCCGUAGUGGAUACCGUAUCCAGGCAAAUCAGGAUGGAAAUCCUACCCGUUUGCUGUACUAUAUGGAGCGUGAGCUUGCUAAUAUAGACCCCAGUCAGCCUGGCGGUGCUGCAGGCAAUUAUAGUCGCAAUGAUGGUAUGAGUGAGAUCAGUUCUCUGCAUGAUGGCGGAGACCCUCGUAAUCGUGGUCGGUCCAGGCCUCCCCAGUUGAACACGGUAUAUGAUGAUGAGAACAUGAGCACCAUCAGCAGCGUAUCUCAGAAUAUGCGGAGAGAUGAGCCCAGGAGAUGGGGCGGAGGUGAUCCUAGCCGUGGCCGUGCUCGUUCCAUGGACAACCUUGAUGAUAUCGGGCGGAAUUACAGGGACCGUGAUUAUCCCCCUAGAGGAGGCAGAAGAGGUUCUGAUGACGAAUGGAGCAACAGCGCUCGUGGAUAUGACCGUGUCCCUGAUGAUCGACACCGUGACUAUUCUCCUGACAAUCGCGUCCGUAAUGACUCUCGGGAAGUUGGCUUAAAAGGUCGCCGCAGUCGCAGCCGAGAUGACUUGAUGGACCUGGAACGUGGACGGGGCGUCGGAGGCCGGGAUGCAUAUGAUGAUAGCUUCUUGCGGGAGGCAAUGGAGAAGAAGAAGUUGGGAGAGCAGCGGGCACGGAGUCGUGAGCGUCUUGACAGCGAUAGUGAGCGCUCAGACCGCUACAGGGGAGGGCAUGCAGGGCCACCACCGCUCCCUCUCAGCAGGCCUGCAGGCAAUCCUGACCAUCGGCGUGCCAACAAUGCCGGCUUCCCACCGCCACCAUCCUACACUGAGGAUACAGACAGCUUAGCAUCAUCCAAGAAGAGCAAUCUCCGCAAGAACGGAGCUGUGAGUCGUGAGAGUCUGGUGGUGUGAAACGUUACAUGAAUGCAGUCAACAUGUCCCAUUGGUGUGUUUAUAAUGUUUUGUAAGUUUGUGUUUUUCAUUGUCAGAUGCUGAAAGUUUAUUAUGGGAUUAAAUGAGGAUGUACAUGUUUGAAUGCAAUUUAUAUCUGAGAAUAGAGACUCAUGACUUUUAUCAAUGUUACUAUUUCAAUAGUUUUAUUUGUAUUUGAUGGUUUUAUAGCUUAAAUCAUUUUGUUUUAUAAUAAUGAAUAAUCCAAUUUUAAAACACUAUUAAUCUGAUAUUGAAUAUUUCACUUAAAAUAUCCACUUAUAUCACUUGAACACUUAACAGUCUUUAUAUUUUAUGGCUCAGAAACCGAAUUGUAAAUGUGUACAAAUUAUAAUAAAAACAAUUUUACAGAUCUUUGUAUUUGCUGUAAAAAGAUUUUCCCACUGAUUUGUUUUCAGUAUGGUGGCAGUAAGUUCUCUGUAUUGCUAGUCGCAGAAGAAAAGAUGUUGCCUCUCGCCACAAUGUUGUAUGUUAGUUUUAGAAAUUCUUUACUUUGUGUAAAUUGUUAUUCUGGUAUUUUUAACCAAGAUCAUGUGAUAAAUUUUUUACAUGUUUUAUAAAUCACUGGACAAUAAAGCUUUUUUAUGUAAA